AUGUCUCGAUUCCUGCUGCGUCAGCAGGAGAAAUUUCUAAUGGCUCUUGGCAAGCAUGAUAUUCCCGGAUUAAGAUGGUUGCUGGAGGGGUUUAACUAUUAUGAUGUCCAAAGAGUCAAAGAGGUUGGUCCUGACAGAGCGGCCGCAGAAUGGGUUGUGCGAUGCGGAGGAGCUAUCGAAGACACAUUUGAUGACUACAAUGUGUUGAUCAAAAGAACUGCUGAAUUGGACCCGAGAGUACCUGCGGAUAACGUGAAAAUUACUCACAUCCACGCAGUUGACGCUUCUGUCACUGGCUAUGGUUGUCGCCAUUUUAAUGGCUUGCGUGGGAUCCAGGAAGUGCGAUUUGUGCGUUGUGACAAUUUGCACGACUUUGGGUUGGAAUACAUGGUUAAGGCUGUUGGCUCUCAUCUCAGCUAUCUUGAGAUCAAUGGCUGUCGCAGGAUCACUGAAUUUGGCUUAAUUCACAUCGAAAGGUGCAGUGGUCUUAAAUCACUGCUGCUUUGCAAUCUGAGACGAGUUCACAACCACGACAAAGUUCUACAGCGCCUUCAGAACUCCUUGCCAAAUACAGAUAUUAAUUUUUCAGCUUCUUGA